GGAGAUGCCAUGGGUUCGGCUAAUUAUUAAGGCCUAUAGACAAAUCAAAUAAGGCUUAGCACUAUGUGUAAGAAAAAGGCCUCGGCUGAUUAGGCCUUAUGUCAAGUGGCCCUUAAAAGUCAAAAGAUUUGCGAAAAAUGUUUGGUUAUGAUAAAGUACGGAGCAACAAGUAAAAUCGAAAAAAUUAUAUACAUGAUCCAGUAAUCCAAUAUUUUAAAAUUCAAAAAACUAUAAGAAUCGUGGGGAUUUCGGAUCCAAGAUUCUGAUUCAGAUUUGUGAUCCAUUUUUAAAGAAAUAAAAAUGAUUAGCAUUUGCAUCUUCACUAUCUCCACGAUUAGAAAAGCCAAAGGAAAAGGAAAAUUAAAAUUAAUUUUUAGAUUUUCGUUAUCACCGUAUAUGAUCACAAAACACUGUCACUGACAUAAACACCAAGUUUCUUACCAGUUUCCAGAGAAUCAAUACCAAAGAACAAAAACACACAACUUGUUUCUUAAACUAUAAGCAAGAUAAAAUCAUAUCAAAUCAUUUCUUGAUACACCGUUAUCCUAUAUGUCCAUAUAUAAAUAGAAAACAUAAUGUUACAAUCAUUAUAAAAUCUUCAUACAUUCAUACUCAAGUCUUUUCGAUUUGUCAAUACUCCUCUUUCUUCAUCUGUACGUUUGCUUCCGUUUCUUUAGGUUUAUUUACUCAGCUGCUUUACUGCACAGAGUAUCAAUGGAGGAAGAGCUCCAUGUUUUAGCAGUAGAUGACAAUCUAAUGGACCGUAAACUUGUGGAGAGAAUCCUCAAGAUCUCUUCUUGCAAAGUGACAACAGCAGAAAAUGGGAUCAGAGCAUUGGAGUACUUAGGCUUGGGAGAUUCACAACAGGCUGAUUCAUCAAGUACCAACAAUGUUAUGAAGGUGAAUCUUAUCAUAACUGAUUACUGUAUGCCAGGGAUGACAGGUUUUGAGCUGCUCAAGAUAGUAAAGCAGGAAUCGUCAAAUCUAAAGGAAGUACCUGUUGUGAUAUUGUCAUCAGAGAACAUUCCUACUCGCAUCAACAAAUGUUUAGCCAGCGGAGCUCAGAUGUUUAUGCAGAAGCCACUGAAACUGUCGGAUGUAGAGAAACUCAAGUGUCAUCUCUUAAACUGCAGAAGCUGAAUAUCUGCUCUCAUAGAGUAAUUUUAAAAAAAAGAUUGUGUUCCUAAACAAUGUCAAAGAUCGUCUUGGUCAUCUCAAAGACACUUCCUGUUAUUUAUAGAUUUGUGAAAAAACCAAUAAUUCUCUCUCUCUCUCUCUCUCUCUCUCUCCCCCUCUCUCUCUCAGAUAAUUAUAUUUUGUGAGUUAUAAAAGUUUUUUGGGGUCAGAUUGCGAGGAACCUUAGACUACAAGAAACGUCUAGAAUUCAACGAAGCAACAGUAGAUAGAAUCUGAAUUCAAAAUAAAAAAGCAACGAAAUUAAACAUCUCUUCCACCUAUGAUCUAUGCAUUUGUUGUUAAUUUGGUGAGUGAUGAGAUGCCUUUCUUGGGCCGGUUUUUCACGUUUUGGGAUCCGUACUUUGAAACUUCAUUAAAAAUACCUUUGAUCAUUAUCACUUCGACCAUGUGAAUGGCCUUUUUGGCGAUAACCAAACCGAACCCAAAUUUAAUUCGGUUAAUUUCGGUAUAGUUUUCAAAAAUUUUGGUUAACCAAAAACCGACGGUUCGGUUUCGAAAAAUCGAAGUCGCAGGGCUAAUGGACACAUUCCAAGCAUAUUGAUAGGUGUUGAACUGUUGAUUGUUUGUAGAUUUUAAAAUAAAUUUUGGUUUUAGAUUAAAAAACACUUGACAAGUCAUUCAAAAUUUAGAUUAUAGCUUCAGUUUUUGUAAAAAAGCUGUAAAGUUUUUUUUGGCAAAAUUUAACAAAUAAAUUUCUUAAAGUUUAGGGAAAUUAGUUUUCAAAGUUUUUCUUAUCAUUUUAUGAACAGAAACCAAAAUCCGUAAAGUUUUUUUUGGCCAAAUUUUACUUUUUAAAACCAAUAAUCAAAUGAAUGUUAUUUUAUUUAAAACUCACAUAAAAUUUGCAUGAUAUAAUAGAAUUUCUAUAAUAACAUAAAAUAAAAUUUUAAUAUUUAGUUUUAUGAAAUAAAUAUAUGUAUUUUAUCUAUAUUGUAUUUUCUUUAUUUUAUUAAUCAUGAAUCAUUGAGGUAUUAUUUCUAUAUAAUAAAAUUAUAACAUAAUUUGAUACGUUUAUUCAAAUAAAACAACAACUAAAAUCAAAAAGCAUUAAAUGCUCUAUUAUAUUGAAAAAAAUAAACUAAACAAAUUAUCAUUCAAGCUUAAAAAACAAAAUCUACAAAAACCCGAAAAACUAGAAACUAAAAGUUAAAAACUAAAAACCAAAAUUAUGUACACGGAUAUUUCGGAAUGAUAGUAACAAAAAUAGUGAAAAGGAUUGGGGGUAUGAAAUAUUAAUUAAAGAGACGAGAAUAUAAAAGUAGAGAGUAUUAUUACAUAUCCUACAAUAUGUACAAUACAUACACUCACUGAAGAAGAAGACAAUAUAUUUAUGCUCCAUUCCACAAGCCUGAUAAUUAUUUCUCUAGACAAGAUGACAAAAUAUACAUGUUCCAUUGUAUAUAAUGUAAGCUAGACUCGAACUUGGUUCGAGGUAAGAGAGCUGCUCAUUGCAGUUGAACCGGAAA